AACUCACAAAACGUGUGAAAUUAUGCUCUUUUCUUACUGCCUCUUUGUUGCUCUGAUUUAUACGGUGGUUGCAGAUAGGGGGACAGCAAUGCACCCUCGACAAGCAAGCGUAUCGGACCCCAUAUCCUCAUCAAGUCGCCCGGUGCAUAUAACGACAACCACUGUAUCCGCUGGAUAUUACUACUAUGGCGAGAACAUUCGGCAAAGCCCAAUAGUGACAUUGUGGGCUCCUCUCUCAUUUGGGGUAUCUUUCCCAUUCACAAUCGCUCCCAGCAGUUAUGUAAGGUGGUGUUCAUUGUUUCCUUCUUAUUUCACGGGAACAGUGUCCACAGGGUCUACCACGACGAUGGCUUUGACUGUUUCUUAUCUGUCCACACUGGGGACUUCGGCAUGCCCAAUCUGGACUGACUGUCGCGAUGGCACGCUUCUCGGUCCCGAGUCUGCGACAUCUGUCUGUGGGACUACCUUAUCUCGAUGCGUGACUUAUCAUAUGCUGGAAAAAUACGGCCUUAACUCUGCUGAUGGGAUGACUACAUCUCUCACAUGCACUUCUUCGCGCGCAGACAAAGACACAAUCACAACGGUAUACAAGAUCCUGCCACCGUCAAGUUAG